AGACAUAUAUGCCACGGAGCAACUCAUCCAAAACUCUGCAGAAAUGGCUCCAACGCUGUACUUCAAGCCCUUUUUUUUUCAUCCUUCAAUUAAUUGGAACCCAUCAAAAGUGUUUGUCAAUCCUCUCAAUGUAAACGCUAAAAUCAGUGGGAGAUUAGAGGUAGUAGCUAUGGGUAUGUUGUCUCCUAGAAAAUUUUUGCAGAAGAGAAGGAGAAUGGAAGUAUUCAAAGACGCCGCUGAUGAAGCAGACCAGAAGAAUUGGAGGGGACUUAUGAAGCAAAUUGAGGACACGGGUUCUGCUGUUUCAGUUCUCAAAAGCAAGAGGACCCAGAAUCAUGCUCUUCCUAAAGACCUCGUUUUGGGUACUUUGGUUAGAUUUAAGCAGCUAAAGAAAUGGAAUCUUGUUGCUGAGAUUUUGGAAUGGCUUCGGACUCAGCAUUGGUGGGACUUCAAUGAAAUGGAUUCUCUCAUGCUUAUAACAGCUCAUGGAAAGCUAGGGAACUUCAACGAGGCUGAGAAGGUCUUGAGCUAUAUGAAUAAGAUGGGUUAUGUGCCAAAUGUUGUGUCCCAUACUGCCCUUAUGGAGGCCUAUGGAAGAGGAGCUCGAUAUAAUAAUGCUGAAGCCAUUUUUCGGAGGAUGCAAUUGUCUGGCCCUAAGCCUUCUGCUGUAACGUAUCAAAUAAUACUAAAAAUAUUUGUUGAGGGAAACAAGUUUAAGGAAGCUGAAGAAGUCUUUGAGACUCUUUUAAAUGAGGAAAAAUCGCCUUUGAGACCUGACCAAAAAAUGUUCCACAUGAUGAUAUUCAUGUAUAGAAAAGCUGGGAAUUACGAAAAAGCUCGUAAAAUAUUUUCACUAAUGACUGAGCGAAGAGUCCCACAAUCUACUGUCACAUAUAAUAGUCUGAUGUCAUUUGAGACCAAUUACAAGGAAGUUUCAAAAAUCUAUGACCAGAUGCAAAGAUCUGGUCUUCAACCUGAUGUUGUGAGCUAUGCAUUACUUAUCAAUGCUUAUGGAAAAGCUCGGAGGGAAGAAGAAGCUUUAGCUGUUUUUGAGGAGAUGCUGGAUGCAGGUGUCAGGCCGACCCACAAAGCAUAUAACAUUUUGCUUCAUGCCUUUGCAAUCUCGGGAAUGGUGGAGCAAGCUAGAGCGGUGUUCAAGAGCAUGAGAAGAGAUAGAUACACACCAGAUCUUUGCUCUUAUACAACAAUGUUAUCAGCCUACAUAAAUGCAUCUGACAUGGUUGGUGCUGAAAAUUUCUUCAAUAGACUGAAACAAGAUGGAUUUGAACCCAAUGUUGUCACUUGUGGGGUAUUGAUCAAAGGGUAUGCGAAGAUAAAUAAUCUUGAGAAGAUGAUGGAAAAGUAUGAAGAAAUGCAGUUAAAUGGUGUCAAAGCAAAUCAAACUAUUUUCACUACAAUAAUGGAUGCAUAUGGUAGGAACAAUGAUUUUGGAAGCGCUGUUAUUUGGUACAAGGAAAUGGAGAACCAUGGGGUUCCUCCUGACCGGAAAGCAAAGAACAUUCUUUUGUCUUUGGCCAAAACAGCUGAUGAACAGGAAGAAGCUAAUCAACUUGUAGGAAAUAUGGAUAAUUGUGGCAUUGUACAGAGCAUUAAUGUGGCUUCUAGGAUUAAUGAUAAUGAUGAUGAUGAUGAUGAUGAUGAUGAUGAUUGGGAUGACGACGGUGAUGACAUCGGUGAAGUAGAGAAUGCUGGAGAUACAAUUUUUAGUAAUCAAGAACAAGAAGAAUUGAUAGCUUUAAAUAAAGAUAAUCAUAAAAAUGGAGAAGGCCUACAUGCGCUUAAAGUUGUUGAUUUGUAGGUUUGUAGGCUUAUAAAUUUUCGGUUGAAUUUGUUAUUACUUUAGCUGCAAAAAUGAUUUUACUUAGGGUUGUCCGGUAAAUGCAACGGAUAAUUAAUAGUGGUCGCUGAAAGUUAAUAGCUAAUAA